AUGGCCAAGUGGAACGCGCUGUCGGAGGAGAUCGCGGCUGCUCGCGUAUCUGGCGACCACACGAAGCUGCUUGAGCAUGUCCAGGCCGGUCUGCAGAUGCUGAAGGAAAUCGGUGCCACGAACGCGCCGAUCCAGUGCGAGUGUCUGCUCUGCAUGGAGGCGUCUCAGGCGCACUACCAAAUGGCGCAAUACGACGAGGCCCUCCAGUGUGCCGAGAAGGCGCGCGAGUCUCUCCUGCGCGACUCCAAGGCUGAGCUGCAGGACAAGGCGCAGAUUGCGGAGAUCGAGGUCUUCAUGGGGUUCGUGCUGUGCAAACAGGGCAGCCACAGCGCGGCGGUCGAGGCACAGGAGCUACUGCAGAAGGUGCUGCACUGGAUCGACGUGGACGCCAAGUCUGCCAUGCCGAUGCAGGCGGUGGCAGCGGUGAACCUGCGCCGCUCCGUCCUCACUGGUCUCGGCCUCAGCACGACGGUGCAGGCCACCACCCUCGCCAACAAAGGCGAGACGGCGGAGGCAAAGGUGCUGUACGCCAAAGGACUGGACACGUUGAUUGAGGCGCUGAACCAUCACAUUGAUGAGAACGACUUUGAGCUGGUGAAGAUGACGCUUGAGGGGAUCCUGGCUUCCUUCGAAGGCCUCGAUGAUGUGUCGCAGGCAGUGGCAACGUGCCGCAAGUACAUCAGCUGGUGUAGGCGCCACAACGACGCCGGCGGUGUGGUGGAUGGCGAGGCGAUGCUCACGGCGCUGUGCGCUCGUCGGAAGAUUGAGAACCCGCUGGAGGUGGAGAAGGCGAAGGAGGCCGAGGAGGGGAAGAAAUAG